CAUUUGGGGUAUUGGCUUCAUGUCAUCUUUUCUGGGUUUAAGGUAGGGUUCCAAGAGUUGGGCAAGGAAAUUAUACAAGAAAAAAAUUAGCAAAAGGCUCCUCCUUCCUAGAUACUCCAAAGAUAUGGAUGUACACAGAUCCCCAUGGACUGCUACCCAUUUCCCAGCAUUUGUUUCUGAAAAUUCGUUCUUUUUGUUUAAUUUAAAAGGACCUGUAUUGUUCUCUUGAAGGGAGAGAAGAGUUUUCUUGUUGGCCAAUGCCUUUCUUGUUCUUGUGAAAUUUCUGCAACAAAACUAUAAAAGAAGAUUUAAGUUUUUCAGAUGAAGAAUCAUAUUAGAGAAAUAAUUACUUUUUUUGCUCUCAACGAUUGACCUGCCCUGAGAACAGGCAACAAAAGAGAGGGGGGAGAGAGAGAAAAAAAUUGAAUCUGUAGAAGAUGAAGUCCAUGAAUGAUAAUAGCAAUGGAAGCAAUGACAAUAACUGGUUGGGUUUUACUCUCUCACCCAUGAAUAUGGAGGGCUCUUCUUCAGACCCUCAUCCUCAUCAUCAGUUCAAUCAUAACACUGAUGCUCCUCCUGCUACCACUGCAGUUCCAUCAAGCAACUUCUAUCUUUCACCUCUUCACUUAAAUACUUCGACAAUCUGUUACGGAGUAGGUGAAAUGGGUGGUUUUCACUCUCCUUUGUCAGUAAUGCCUCUUAAAUCUGAUGGUUCACUUUGCAUUAUGGAAGCAUUCUCUAGAUCACACGCACAAGCUAUGGCGCCAAACUCCUCUCCUAAACUGGAAGACUUCUUGGGUGGUGCAACAAUGGCUAGUCAUGGAGAAACAAUGGCUUUAAGCCUAGACAGCAUAUUCUACAACCAAGAGUCCAUUAGGCAGCAGCACAACCAUCAGUAUUAUUCUGAACUACAGUACAAUGGUAUGUACCAGAGAGUAGACGAGGAACAACCUAAGGAAACUCAACUUGUAGACUGUAACACACAUGUUCCUUCGACAACUGAAGAUGAAAUUCAACGUCUGAAAACAUGGGUGGAUCACCAUCCCUUAGAGCAGCAGGUAAAUGGUUGUAUGGUUGAAGAUAGAGGUGCUUCAGGCUCUAAAACUUGUGGGGAUUUGCAGUCUUUGAGCUUGUCCAUGAGUCCUAAUUCUCAGUCUAGUUGUGUCACUGCUUCAAGACAAAUCUCACCCACUGAGUCUCACUGUAUAGCCUUGGGAACCAAGAAGAGGGGAUCUGAAAAAGUUGCGCAAAAGCAAACUGUUCAUCGGAAAUCUAUUGACACAUUUGGUCAAAGAACAUCUCAGUAUAGAGGUGUAACUAGGCAUAGGUGGACUGGAAGGUAUGAAGCUCAUCUGUGGGAUAACAGUUGCAAGAAGGAGGGGCAGACUAGAAAAGGGAGGCAAGUUUAUCUGGGUGGUUAUGAUAUGGAAGAGAAGGCUGCAAGAGCAUAUGAUCUUGCUGCCCUUAAGUACUGGGGACCCACGACUCAUAUUAAUUUCUCUUUGGAGAACUACAGGCAAGAGCUUGAGGGGAUGAAGAACAUGAGUAGACAGGAAUAUGUCGCACACUUGAGAAGGAAGAGCAGUGGAUUUUCAAGGGGAGCUUCAAUGUACAGAGGAGUAACGAGGCAUCAUCAGCACGGGCGAUGGCAAGCUCGGAUUGGCCGGGUCGCCGGGAACAAGGACCUCUAUCUUGGAACUUUCAGUACUCAAGAGGAAGCAGCUGAAGCUUACGAUAUUGCUGCAAUCAAGUUCCGGGGUGUAAAUGCUGUGACAAACUUUGAUAUAUCGAGAUAUGACGUAGAGAAAAUUAUUGCGAGCAGUACGCUGCCUACUGGGGAGCUAGCAAGGCGAAAUAAAGAGAGGGAGCCGCAGCCUGAGGCCAUUGAGUACAGCACAUUAGCACAGAAACCGGAGGGAUUUGCUCGACUGGAGAAUGUACCUGAUUGGAAAAUGGUGCUAUACCAAUCCUCCAGUCAUCAACAAAAUGAUUCUUUGGAAUUAGUGAAUGAGAAAAGAAUGCAUUCAGGAAAUUAUCAAAACCCUUCUUUCUCAGUAGGGCUGCAGGAUCUGAUUGGAAUCGACGCGUCUAAUAUCAACGAGCCGGUUACGGAGGAACCUAUCAAUCCUGGAACACAACACUUUUCGAACCCAUCAUCUUUGGUUACCAGCUUGAGCAGCUCAAGGGAAGCAAGUCCAGAUAAAACAGGUGCUUCCAUCCUCUUUGCAAAGCCUACUACCCUCACCACCAAGUACGAUGGCCCCUCCGCCUCUGCCUCGACUUACGAUAAUACCUGGAUGCACGCUACUACCCAACUGAGGCCUCUUCCACUUUCAAUUGCUCAGUUGCCAGCUUUUGCUGCCUGGAAUGAUACUUGAAUUCUUCGUCAUGUUGUUGCAUAUAUCUUUAUAUUAUUUUCUUUUUUUGCAUGAUCAAGAAAAGCCGAAAGCAAAUGUGUAACAUCGGAAAUUAAUGGAGGUCCGAAGGUGGGGUCCAGUUAUGUUUCUGUGAAAUGUAUUGGGAAAUCAAGAUUUUGCAAAAUGGAGGGAAUGGGUUAUGGAGGGCCUCAAUGAUUUAGUACACUCUCUAUACUAGAAACUGCUUUUAUUUAUUUUCUUUUGAUUUCUAAUAAUGCAAAAUGCUAAUGCUUUGACUACGCCAUCAAGAUUUUGUACCUAAACUGUAAAUACACAAUCAUAGUUCUCUUU